GGAAAAUAUAGGUACGGAUUGAACAGUACCUAAAAAAAGGUAAAUAUAGUGUUUGAUAAUUUGACAACAGUUGGUUUUAUUGCAUCACAUUGCGCCUGUCGUCCAUUAUUAGACCUUUAUGUUGAAAGAACACGUCCAACUCGUGUGUUUCGCUACCGUAUUAUCUAAAUAUAUGAAUGGAAGUGCCACUAUCGACGUUGUCAUCGCAGGAAACGACUCCACUGUUUUAACCUAUCGCCUCAAGUAAUGUCGUAUUCGCUAACUCAAUAAUGAACGUUCUAGAAUACCACAAUCUGAAACGUGUAGCAAUUGUUUGCAGUGGUUCCCGAUUAAUUUAGCCUAGCCUGCAUUGAUCUGCGCCGGGUGAACUUCAGUGUUUUGUUUGUCAAGUGUAACUUCAUUCCGCCCCACUGCCUUGCUUCUUGUCAUGGAGUCACUCGGGGCCAUUCUUGGGUGUUUUGUUCUAAGUGGACUUAUAUUUGCUGCCAACAGACUUGGCUUACUGUACCAGUUGUUCCACAAGACUGAGACAAACAGCCCUAGACAUGGUGGCGAAAGUGUGGCAGAGGUCCUGCGUGCCCACGGGAUCAAGUAUGUCUUCACUCUGGUUGGUGGACACAUCUCGCCCAUCCUGGUGGCCUGCGAGAAAGUGGGCAUCCGAAUUGUGGACACCAGGCACGAGGCCACGGCUGUCUUUGCUGCUGAUGCAGUGGCACGGCUUUCAGGUACCGUUGGCGUAGCUGCAGUGACUGCUGGCCCAGGUCUCACUAACACUGUGACAGCAAUGAAGAACGCUCAAAUGGCGGAAUCGCCCUUGUUGCUCAUCGGAGGGGCUGCUGGGACACUUCUUCAGGGCAGAGGAGCACUGCAAGACAUUGACCAAAUGUCUCUAUUUAAGCCUCUGUGUAAGUUCUGUGCCUCCAUCAGAACGGUCCGAGAAAUCGUGCCUGUUGUCAGAAAGGCGCUGGCUGUUGCCCAGUCUGGAACACCCGGGCCCGUUUUUAUCGAAUUCCCCAUCGACACUCUGUACCCUUACCAUUUGGUGUCCAGAGAGUUUGCUGUGAAAAACCCUCCCAAAGGCCUGAUGGGCAAAAUUAUCUCCUGGUACCUUAACAACCACCUCACAAACAUUUUUGCUGGUGCCUGGGAGAGAAGAGACGUUUCACCUCUACCCGUUGACAUUCCACAAGCCACAGAUGAUCAGGUACAAAAGUGUAUUGAGCUGGUAAGCCGAGCCAAGAAGCCUGUUAUUCUCCUCGGAAGCCAAGCCACGCUCCCACCAACGCCAGUCAAUGACAUCAGGUGUGCUUUGGAGGACUUGGGCAUUCCUUGCUUCCUUGGGGGCAUGUCUCGAGGCAUGCUGGGUAAAGACAGCCCGAUCCACAUUCGACAAAACAGACGCGAUGCUCUGAAGGAGGCUGAUGUUGUGAUCCUCGCAGGCACGGUGUGCGACUUCCGUUUGGGCUACGGCAAAGUUCUGAACAGACGCAGUAAGAUCAUCGCUGUCAACAGAGACAGGAUGCAGCUGCUCAAAAACUCGGAUAUGUUCUGGACACCAACUGUCGCAAUUCAAGGUGAUGCCGGUUCAUUUUUAGUACGGCUUUUCAAAGGCUUAAAGGGCCAUCGAUGUCCGGAAGAAUGGCCUCAAACCCUCAAAGCAGGAGACGUGAUUAAAGAAAAGAUAAAUAGGGUUAAAGCCGAUGAGAAGACGGAGCAUCACCUGAAUCCCUUGAAGGUACUUCACGUGUUGGAUGAGCACAUGUCAGAGGACAGCAUCAUUGUCGCGGACGGCGGGGAUUUCGUAGGAAGUGCGGCUUAUAUCUUGAGGCCGCGGGCACCGCUGCGUUGGCUCGAUCCAGGGGCCUUUGGAACGCUGGGCGUAGGAGGAGGAUUUGCGCUAGGUGCAAAACUCUGCCGGCCUGAAUCGGAGGUGUGGAUUGUCUAUGGUGACGGUUCACUUGGAUACAGUGUUGCCGAGUUUGACACGUUCACUCGACAUAAGACACCGGUUAUUGCCGUGGUGGGAAAUGACGCAUGUUGGAGUCAGAUUUCCAGAGAACAGGUUCCCAUUCUGGGCAGCAACGUGGCAUGUGGCCUGGCAUAUACAGAUUAUCACACUGUGGCUGAUGGGUAUGGCGGUAAAGGUUACCUUAUAAGGCGUGAGGAUGAAGAGCAGCUCGGGGACAUCAUCAGGGAGGCUCGAAAGGAAAGUCGAAUGGGCAAAGCAACACUUCUCAAUGUCCUGAUAGGCAAAACUAACUUUAGAGAGGGCUCCAUUUCUGUGUAAUGUUCAUGUGCUCUGAGCAUAUUCAGCAUGUACCAAUGGCUUCUUUCAUUUUUUUUUUAAUAUAGUAUAGAAGAAAAUGGAUCGUGAAAGCCUUAAUCGGUUAAACAUUUUCUGCUUCCAGGGUUACUUUUCUGCCCAAACCAUAAUCAUUGCAUUUCAAUAAGGGACACCCGCAAAAACAAACAAUCAAACAAACAAAAAAAACAAAAUGCUGGCAUUGGGCUAAAUAAACCCCCCUGUCACAAUUUGGUAAAUUUCAUAUUCUUCACAAA